UACUUUAGCUUAGUACGUACUACUAGUAGAAUAUAAAAAGAGUAGUGGCGGGCAACCAAGAAUGGAAGGUGUUAAGCACGGCGCCCAAUAUAGUAUAGACAGUUAAAUUCUUGAAUUGAAGAGUAUUACUAUUUUAGUGACAGCCAUGAAAUAUCGCAACCAUGGUCCCCAUUUGUCCAGCAAUAUUUGUUUCCUCCAUUUUCGGUCAUCUCAAAACAUUAAACUCCCCUUACUAUUUUCAUCUUCUUCUCUUCUCUCUCUUCCUAUUUUCUUAAUCACCCAUUGCUCUUUCCAAGAAUCAUUCUUUCUUGGGAUUCUUGAUUAUAAGAGUUUUUCUUUUUCUUUUUGGGGGUUCGAAUGUGGGUCAAGAAAUUGAUUCUGGUUUGAAUAAGAUGCAAGAAGGAAAGAUGUUAUUCGCCAGGCUCGACGAUUCCCCCAUGUUUCGUCAACAGAUCCAAUCAUUGGAGGAAAGUUCUGAGACUUUGAGGGACAAAUGUCUAAAGUAUUAUAAAGGAUGUCGAAAGUACACAGAAGGGCUUGGAGAGGCAUACGAUAGAGACAUUGCUUUUGCCAGUUCACUUGAAAUCUUUGGUGGAGGGCGUAAUGAUCCCAUUUCUGUUGCAUUUGGAGGCCCUGAAAUGGCCAAAUUUGCUAUCGCUCUGAGAGAAAUUGGAACGUACAAAGAAGUUCUUCGAUCACAGGUAGAGCGUGUGUUAAAUGAUCGAUUACUGCAUUUGGCAACCAUUGAUCUUCAAGAUGUAAAGGAAGCUCGGAAGCGUUUUGACAAAGCUAAUGUUGCUUAUGAUCAGGUUCGGGAGAAGUUUUUGUCAUUGAGGAAAAGUACUAGGAUGGAUAUAGCUGCAGCCAUUGAGGAGGAACUUUACAAUGCAAGGUUGACCUUUGAGCAAGCCCGCUUUAAUCUGGUCGGAGCUCUUUCUGCGGUUGAGGCCAAAAAGAAGUAUGAACUUUUGGAAGCUGUUGGCAGUACGAUGGACGCUCAUCUUCGGUAUUUCAAACAGGGGUAUGAACUUUUGCAUCAAAUGGAGCCUUAUAUCAACCAGGUCUUGGCUUAUUCGCAAAAAGCUCGAGAAAGCUCCUUGUAUGAGCAGGCAGCUCUCAAUGAGAGGAUGCAAGAGUAUAAAAGGAAAAUAGAUCAAGAAAGGAGACGUUCGUUCAAUGGGUCUCCAAAUGGUGAUGUCACACAACCUUUUUCCAGGAGUUCUCACAAACUUAUAGAAGCAGUCAUGCAAUCUGCUGCUGAAGGAAAGGUACAAACUAUAAAACAAGGAUACCUGUCCAAGCGUUCUUCUAAUAUAAGAGGUGACUGGAAGAGAAGAUUCUUUGUUCUAGAUAGCAGAGGAAUGCUGUACUACUAUCGAAAACAAUUGAGCAGACCGUCUUUUCAGGGUUCUGGCAGCCCACUCCUUUCAAACAGAUGUUCUUCCCCAGAACCGGGAUCAGGACUGCUGAGUCGUUGGCUUUCUUCUCAUUAUCAUGGGGGUGUACAUGAGGAAAAAACUGUUGCACGUCACACAGUGAACUUACUGACAUCAACGAUAAAAGCGGAUGCAGAUCAGUCUGAUCUGAGAUUUUGCUUCAGAAUAAUUUCACCAACAAAGAAUUAUACUUUGCAGGCAGAGAGUGCAGCGGAGCAAAUGGACUGGAUAGAAAAAAUAACAGGAGUUAUUACUUCGUUGCUAAGUUCCCAUACACCUGAAAGGCAUUUCUCUGGUAGUCCCACUAGCGAAAGUAGUUCCAUAGGAAGUCCAAUUGAUCAUGAUCAAAGGGCAACGGAAGAGUACACAUCUGGGAAGGAUCUUACUGGAAGAUCUUUCAUACGGCCAUCCAAAAGUACAGUGCACAUCCUCAGCACGAAAAGAGAGAAACCAGUUGAAGCACUAAAAAGGAUACCUGGGAAUGAUAAAUGUGCUGAUUGUGGUGCUCCUGGACCAGAAUGGGCGUCUUUAAAUCUUGGAAUUCUUAUAUGCAUUGAAUGUUCUGGUGUUCACCGGAACUUUGGUGUACAUAUAUCCAAGGUAAGAUCUUUGAAACUUGAUGUUAAAGUGUGGGAGCCUUCAGUCAUAACGCUCUUCGAGGCACUGGGUAAUGUGUUUGUGAAUUCUGUUUGGGAGGAGCUGUUGCAUGCAAGAAAAACGUUUCAGGCUGAUGAAAUACCAAUGCGGUUUUUCGAGUCUGAAAAACACAAAGAGUUCUUUGGCAAACCCAGUUAUGCUGAUCAUAUUUCAGUAAAGGAGAAAUUCAUUCAUGCAAAGUACGCAGAAAAACGUUUCAUUCACAAGGUGAAGGACACUACACACCUCCUUUCGGUUGCAGAACAGUUGUGGGAAGGUGUCCGUGCAAAUGACAAGAAAGCUGUAUAUCGUCUCAUUGUUGUCUACCAAGCCGAUGUUAAUGCAGUCCAUGGUGAAGAAGCAUCACCUGGCAGUACUAGUUCAAGCUCUUUUGACCCACAAAGUGAAAGUGAAGAGCAUUGCAUUGAUGAAUUUCUUGAUGGCUGUUCCUUACUUCAUCUAGCCUGCCAAACUGCUGAUAUUGGCAUGGUGGAGCUGCUUCUGCAGCAUGGUGCCAACAUAAAUGCUUGUGAUUCACGAGGUCAGACCCCACUUCAUCAUAGUGUUAUGAGAGGAAGAACUGCAAUUGUCAAACUGUUACUUGCAAGGGGGGGCAACCCACGCAUUGCUGAUCUUGAAGGCAAAACCCCAUCUCACCUUGUCUCAGAAUUAGCCCUUGAUGACGUGGAGAUUCUUGCCCUCCUGAAAGUUUCAAAUAGAUAGCAGCAGCGCAAAGGUCACUCGGAGGUAAAGUUUCCACGUCCCACAGGGUGAUGUUUUAUCUUCAAAGCAAUGACGGUUUAAGUUAUCUCGGAAAACAGCUUGCUAUAAUAUGUGCGGCAAAUUGGAUCCAAGAAAUGAUAUACUACAUGAGUGCCAAGUUACAAAGGAUGUUGAGUUGGCUGCUUCAAGAUGCAUAAUCCACUUGUUCAAUUAUUUUUAGGCCUUAGUUUCUUCUCUUUAAUUCUUUGCACAGCUUACAGAAUUAGGAAGUAGAUUAGUUGUACAUAGUAUGUUAUAGUAAAUUAGUUUGAGAUGCUGCAGAAACUGAAGAGGUGCAAAGGGAUGAGGUUACUUUUGUUUUUACUCCAAAUAUAUGUAUAAUGCGAAGUCUCAGGAUUUAGGCUUUGCUUUAUUACUGGUGACUUCAAAUGUUGAUCAAUUAUUAAUAUUUGUUCCGGUUUCUAGUUUAAAUUUUCCAUAGAGUGAUUUCCUAUAUUACUUUUA